AUGGAUUGUAAACGUAAUACAUUCGAAGGUGCUCACAAUGUAAUACCAGAGUUUGAUCCAGACGCUAAUUCCCAGACAGCUAUCGACUGGAUACGUAAAGUUAAUGAAACUGCUAAUAUAUACGAUUGGAAUGAGAAACAAAUAAUUUAUUAUGCUAUACCUAAACUUUGUGGAUAUGCUCGUAAAUGGUAUCAAGGAAGGAGCACGUUAAAUUUAUCAUGGCGUCAGUGGCAGAGGAAAAUCCUCAAAACUUUUCCUGAUGACAGAAAUUAUGCAGAUAGAUUAUAUGAAAUGUUGGAACGGAAAAGUAAAAGAGAUGAAUCUUUAGAAGAAUAUUAUCAUGAUAAAGCAAGACUAGUUAAAAUGUGUGGUGUUAGAGGUAGAAAUGCAGUGGAUUGUAUCAUAAACGGUAUCUUCGAUAAUAAUAUAAGGUUAAAUGCACAAGGAUCGAGUUUUAAAAGACCAUCGCAACUGUUAAAAUAUUUAAGACGUAUAUCUAAGAAGACUAUCGGUCUUUCUCGGAAAAUGAUACCAGAAUCUAAAAAUAACACAUUAAGCAAUAAGGAUAAUAGUAGUACACAAAGAACAAUUAAUAUGAAUGCAACAACAAGCUAUGGACCCCGUAAUCGUUUCAGGACAGUCCGGUGCUACAAUUGCACUGAUGUUGGUCACACGGCACAGAAUUGUACGAAACCUAUUAAGCGAUGUGAUAAAUGUCGGCGCCUUGGACAUGAGGCGCAAGACUGCCAACGGAUAGGUAAUAGUGGACCUCAUCAGAUUGGUGACAAAAAUUCAUCUGAGUCGAAUGGGGAUACAAAAAGGGUACUACAAAUUACAAAUGAGGACCAAAGAAACGGCAAGUAUUACAAGUCGAUUAAAUUGAAUGGAGCUAUCAAAACAGCUUACAUUGAUUUUGGUAGUCAGUGCACAUUAAUCAAAGAGGAAGUAGCCUCUGAGAGUAAUCUUGUUCUUAAUAAAAUCGAUCUACCUGUUAUCAAGGGAUUUGCUUUUGGCAGUGUACUUCCAUUAGGAAAAGUUAUGAUAGAUAUUGAAGUAGAUGCUGUAAAAGCGAAUGUAGAUGCAUAUGUUGUCACGAAUGAUUUGUUGAAAACAGAUGUACUCAUUGGUCAGUCAUUGACCGAAUUGCCAAGCGUCACUGUAUAUAAAACCAGUUCUGAUUUGAUUUUGUAUUGUGAUAAAUCUAACUUAGACCGUAUAAAUAUAUAUAAUUCAUUAGAUAUUAGUUUUAAAGGAUUUCAAAGCGUUAAAGUGCAUACUGACGCAAUGAACCACGGACUGGAUGAGAAGGAUUGGGAUUCGAAUAUAUCUAAACUCCAAUGGAGCUUAAACAAUACUUUAAAUAAAAGUACUGAUAAAUCUCCAUCUGAAAUUGUUUUUGGACAUAGAACUAGUGGACAAUCUGAAAAUAUUUUAAAAGGAGCUAUUUUAGAUAUAACAGAUGACAACGUAACGGAAAAUGAAAGAAUAGAAAUGAGACAGACAGUUCAGGAUACAAUAGCUGAGAAGCAGAAAAGAAUGAAAGAAUCUUAUGACAAAACAAGGGCUCCAACAAGGAUAUUUAAAGAUGGU